CUUUAUUUCUUUGAUGUCAACAAGUAGAAAACUUUAAAAUGAAUACAAUAAUUGUAUAUACAAAAUGAUGUAUACUUUGUCAAAGAGAUGUGUAAAGGCUAUAACUGGAGGUAGAAGUUGAUAAGUAAAUUCUAGAAUUAGUUGAUCAUCAAAAAUUCGCUGCAUUGAUAGGCAAAUAAUUUGGAAUAUUAACUAAAUUAGAGGAAGAGAGAUGUGUUUAAUUUAAAUUUUCAGAAUCUUUAAGAGAAUUAUCAGAAUUACUAGGAUUGUAGGGUAUAAAUUUAAAUAUUAUAGAGGAAAAUCAUGAUAUCAUAUGGAAUAAUUAAUAAAAAUAGAAAGUUCAAAUCCAGUAGUAAUCAAAACUAUUGGAACUAAAUCAUAAAAAUUAUAAUCCUGUAAAGAAUGUUUCAAAAUCAAUUGAUCAUAAAAUGUUUAAAUAAAUAGGAGGAAUUACACGUCCUGAAACAGAAUUAAAAGAAGCAAAAGAAAGUAGGGAUUUUUCUUAUGUAAAAGAAAUGAAAGAGAUAAAUUAAAAUAUUUCAAAAAAUUCUUUUUUUAUUUAGAGGAAAUAAAUAUAAACAGAAACAAAUGGAAUUUAGAAAACAUUAGAGUAGAAGGAGAGAGAAUUUUUAGAAAGAUUCAGAUAGAAAUUAGAGGAGCAUUGA